AUGGAUAACAAGAUUGAUGAGGAUUUGUUGCUGACAGCAAUGCAGUUAAUCUUGUAUGUCUUGAAUGCUGUUCCCGUCGCUAAACUAGGGGACGUUGAUCAGGAGGAUUAUGAAGAGAUUGAAAAGUGCAUGAAAAAUGGUAACGGUGUACUUCAGAAGAAGGGGCAACACCAAGACGUAAAGUCCAGGGGAACAACCUAG